UGAGUAUUGCACGUGGGAUUUUGAAGUUGACAUAACCUAAAAGAACUUGACAAUUUUAGUCAUUUUACUGAAGGAGAAUUGAUAAUUUUACAAUAAAAUAAAUAAAAAAAAAUUUACGAAGAUUAAUAAAAACAAGGAAAUUUGAAAUAAAUACAUAUUUAAAUAUUACCAGAAAAAGAAUUUGGUAAACAAAAUAUUCAGAGCAAAAUAAAAAAUAAAUAGUUUUUUAUAAUAAAAAACAAUGGGUCGUAAGAAUAAGGGACGUUGUGUUAGGCGUAAUAAACAAUUGGACGUGCAGGAAAAAGAGGAACUCGUUCGCGCUCCUCAUUCAUUUGUCAUUCAUCGUGGUUUACCUGGUGAACAUAUUGUUGAAUUAACUCGUGAUUUUCGACGCGUUAUGGAGCCAUUUACAGCUAGUGAUUUAAAAGAACGUAAACGAAAUACUAUCAAAGAUUUUGUAUCAGUCGCCGGUGUUCUUCACGUUUCGCACAUGGCAAUUUUCACGAGAACAGAAAAUGGAAUGUACUUCAAAUUAUGCCGUGUUCCAAGAGGUCCAACAUUAAUGUUCAAAUUGCAUAAUUUCUCACUUUCUCGAGACGUAGUGUCAAUGACGAAAAAGCAAUUAGUGUUCGAGGAAGCAUUUAAAACUUCUCCUCUCAUUGUUUUGAAUAAUUUCAGUGGCGAGGGAAUGCACAUGAAAUUAAUGGCGUCAAUGUUUCAAAAUAUGUUUCCCACCAUUAAUUUAACAACCGUAAAUUUAAGUACAAUUCGUCGUUGUGUUUGUUUAAAUUACAAUUCAACAACGAAUAUGAUUGAUUUUCGUCAUUAUGCGAUAAAAAUUGCGCCAGUUGGCCUCUCAAGAAAUGUGAAAAAAUUAAUGCAAGCAAAAAUACCGAAUCUCGCGAAAUGCGAGGAUUUUUCGGAAUUUAUAACAAAGGCAGCGCUUUCGGAAAGUGAGGCUGAAGAUGAUCCAGCAUCACACGUGACAUUACCACAAAAAUUGACAUCCCGUGGAAAUCACGAAAGUGGAAAGAGUGCUAUUCGACUUUUUGAACUUGGUCCACGACUCACAUUGCAGUUAGUAAAAGUAGAAAAUGGACUCUUGGAGGGUGAAGUUCUGUAUCACGAUUUAAUCGUUAAAUCAGAGGAGGAAAAAUUAUUGAUCGCAAAGAAGCGAGAGAAGAAAAAGAAUUUGAAGUUAAAUCGAAAGAAGACACAAGAGGAGAAUGUAAAACGAAAGGAAUCAAAGAAAGAAGAAGCAAAGGAAAAAUCAUUGAAAGGAAUGAAAAAGAAGCAAAGCGAGAGAGAUAUUAUAAUAAAGAAAAUUGCCAAGGAAUCUGUCGAAUUACAUAAAAAUGAAGAGGACGACGAUGCACAAUAUUAUCGAGACGAAGUUGGCGAGGAACCCGACAAAGAUCUCUUCGAUGGAAAUUCAAAGAAAAGAAAAUCACAAACAUUCACGCCAAGGUAUAAAUCGAAAAAAGUCAAAACCAAAUAAAUUAUUUUUUACUACAUUGAAAUUGAAACUUUUUAAAGUUUUUGUAAAUUACUAAAAGUCGAAAUUUUGAUUGACAAAGUAAAAGAUGCUAGGUUUUAAAGAAGAAAUCUAAUUUUGAUGAAAAAUUAUGAAAAUAUUUUUAUUGUAGAAAAUAGUCCUUUUUUCUUAUUUUAAAUUACAAAAUAUCGUUUUACGAUUACAUUCUUAUUAAAUGUUUUUUUCUUCAAAAUUACAAUAUUACAAAAUAUACAAUACAAAAGACGUUUUUUUUUUGUCAACAUUUUUAAUAUUUUAUAUUUAAUAAAUAAUGAAAAUGUAAAUUAAACUUGCACACAACUGAACAUUGAAGAAGAAAAUGCACCUAAAGAAAACUAAGAAAAUAUGUACAUAGUUUGUUAAUAAAAAAAAAAGUUUUUUCUUAAA